AUGAAUUUUGAAACAUCUACUCCUGUAAAAAGACAAAAUCAGUUUAUUGCAGAGAAUAAAAAAUUUUCAAGAUUUUUAGAUAGAAAAAGUGAAACAUAUGAGGAUCCAAAUUAUGAGUAUGCUCUUUUAGACAAUAGUCAUUCUGAUGUACAAUUUGAGUUUUCUUGUAAUUCAACUAGUACAAUUACAUCAAAAACUAGUAAUUUAGUUGAAAGUGAAAAUUUUACUUUUACAGAAGGCGAAAAUUUUACUUUUACAGAAGCAGUAUUAAAUUUUAUUAAGGUAUAUUCAAAUUCAAAUUUAGUUGAGAAUGAUAAUCUUGAAAAUAAUAUUGAUUGGCUGAAUUCUGAAAUAGACUUUGUAUCUGAAGUUAGAUCUAACACUAAUGAUAGUCAUAUAACAGAUUUUGAUAACGAAGAGUUAGAUAUAGAAAUUAGUAAUCAUCAAACAGAUGAAGUUUUAGAACAAUGUAUUGAGUUAGAUUCUCUAACUAUUAAUUGUAUGAUAAAACAAAACCAACUAAAGAUACUAGAAACUCUUAGCAUAUGUAAGUUACAUUUUAAUUUUGAUAAAGAUAGUUUACAUGAACAUGGUAGAAGAUAUGAAAUACAUUCAUGGACUGUGCUAGGGCAAAAUAUAUAUUUAUCAUAUAUAGGUUUAAAAAAUUGUCUUGUAUUUAAUAGUGAAUUAUUAAUCAAACAAGCAACAAAUAAUACACAAUGUCAUUUUAUUUGUUCAGAAUAUUUUAUACUAGAGGGUGGUCAUUUUUAUCAAUACUGUAAAAGAGGAAAAACUAAUUUACCUAAAUCAUAUGCAGAUAUUUAUACCAAAGACAAUUCAAAGUCAUUGGAAUUAAUAGGUAGAUGGUUACUUAGUAUAGCAAAUACUGAUAAUAAUCAUAUAAAAAAUAAAUUAUUUAAUAAAAUAACAAAUGCACUCAUUAAUGUAUUUAAAUUAAAUUAUGAAAAUAAUCAAUCUGAAACUAAUAACAUUGAACCACCAAGUCAAUUACUUUUGAAAAUAACAUUACAUUUUCAAAAUAAUAAUAUUAAUAAACUUAAUAAUCAAGAACAUAUCAGUAUAAUGAUUGAAAAACAACUUGAACAGUUUGGCUAA